AUGUUGACCCAAUCGCUCCUGAUCACCGGCCUCGCUGCCCUUGUGGCGGCAGACAAGCAGAACAACCCGGGCUAUUACAACCAGGGCAACCAGGGCAGCUGGCCACAGAACUUCGGUGGCAAUCAACGCUUCCCUCAGCAAGGCGGUGGCGAUCCUCGUCUGCUCCAAAGCGGCGGUAACUGGCCUCAGGGCGGCAGCGGACAGUUUGGACAAGACCCACGUCUCUUGCAAGGCGGAGGAGGCUGGCCGUCGCAAGGCAACGGUAUUCCUACGAACCAGCAGCAGCAGCAACAGCAACAAAACAAUCCCGGCGUCGGCGGCGGCUUCCUCCCACCGACCCCCAACAACCAGCAGCAGCAACAGCAGCAACAACAACAAAACUCCGGCGGCGACCAACAACAGCAACAACAACAACAAAUCACCCUCAACGUCAACACGGCCCCCACCGCCAACGACCCACACUACCAGAAGCCCGACAUCCACCUCAACCGCCUCACGCCGUACAGCACGGAAUGCACGCAGAUCGGCUUCGACCCGGACAUCGACGUCACCAUCAUCAACAUCGACAUCCAGCAGAUCCAGUGUCAGGCGUUCGGGGAUCCGCAGGGCCAGCAGCCCGUCGGGGGCAUUUUUGGGUAUGAUAAUCCAUGUGAUUUGGGUGAGGAGCCUGUGCAGGUGGAGAGUAUUCUUUGUAGUGUGCAUGAUGGGGAUGGGUGUGGGGAUGGGUGUCAUUAG